AUGAACAAACAAUGUAUCCAUUCCCUCGGUCCAAACCUUUUUGGGAAGUCAUGUUUUUCAGGACUUGAUACUGAUCACUCUCUGUUUGUCUGUCUGUCUGUCUGUCUCUCUCUCUCUCUCUGUCUCUUUGUUUUUGUCUGUCUGUCUGUCUGUCUGUCUGUCUGUCUGUCUCUCUCUCUCUCUCUCUCUCUCUCUGUAUCUUUUUUCUGUCUUUGCGUUUUUAUAAAAUUAUCUCCUUUCAUUUUUUUUUGUCGUCUUUUUCCCUCUUUCUUCUUUUUUUUUCUAUUAGUCUUUCUAUCAGUUUUAACGAAAUUAUCUUCCCUUUAUUCUUCAUCAUUUGUGUUUUUCCCAGUCUCACUUACUCCAUCGUUUCUUUCUAUAUCUCUCUCUCUCUCUCUCUCUCUAUCUAUCUAUCUAUCUAUCUAUCUACCUCUUCUCUCUUUUUAUCAAAUUAUUUCUCUGAGUACAUUUUAUCUAUUUCACUCCUCUAUUUUUGCUAUGGCUAAAUUUAUAUCCAUCAUCUUUCUUUCAUUAUCUCUCGUUUUCUCCUUUCGACACAUCUACUCAUACAACUAA